GUGAGACUUGCACCACCUGCCGUUCACAGAGGGGUAGUGCCAGACCGGAAAGGAUGUUUUUCAAGUCGCGCGAUACCAGAACAAACGAGACUUCUUCUGGUCCUUUUCCGCCGGAUCAUCCAGCAAGAUGGCAGAUACCGAAAUCAAGAAGAAGCGUACCUUCAGGAAGUUCACGUACCGAGGCGUGGAUCUGGAUCAGCUGCUGGACAUGUCUUAUGAGCAGCUAAUGCAGCUGUAUUGUGCCCGCCAGAGAAGGCGGCUCAAUCGUGGCCUUCGCCGUAAGCAGCAGACGCUGCUGAAACGCUUGCGGAAGGCCAAGAAGGAGGCUCCUCCGAUGGAGAAACCAGAGGUGGUUAAAACCCAUCUGAGGGACAUGAUCAUCCUGCCUGAGAUGGUUGGCUCUAUGGUCGGAGUGUACAACGGCAAGACCUUCAACCAGGUUGAAAUUAAGCCUGAGAUGUGUGGUCACUACCUUGGAGAGUUCUCCAUUACCUACAAGCCCGUGAAGCAUGGUCGCCCUGGUAUUGGAGCCAC